GUACGAGUCUACAGUAAUACGUGAACGUGAACUAGAAGUGCUCUUUGGAUGUCUAAAGACGGGGUCAUAAAGCUCAAGUUUUUGACAUAAGUUGUUGUCGGAAAGUUGUGCUUCAUCUGUGCACAGGAAGAAGCAUCCUCCUUUGGCAACUGUGCCUUUGAUACACAGUACUCGAGUGAAUUCAAACUUCAAAGCGAUGUGGAAUCCUACAAUGGCCAGUUUUGCAAGUCUAUCCCGUGCUGUGAGUGCAAGCACAACAGCAACACACCUAAAGACUCUGCUCAAUCCUGAAAUCAGCUUCUUACAACAGUCUCGACUACUGUUCAGUAACCUGUCACAUCGGAAUAGCCAAGCACCGACAACAGCCAGGACUGGUAUCAAUGAUGGACACCUUCAAAGGUUGUCCACUCAUAACCUUAUUGCAAAUAGUAUGUCUUCCCUGAGGUCCGUAUCAACGACUGCAGGGUGUAAGAAGUCGGCGACGUCGAGAGCGGAGCUGAAGAGCAGCAAAAGGAUAGUCCUGAAGCUAGGUAGUGCUGUGAUCACAAGAGACGAUGAGUGUGGGUUGGCCCUAGGUAGGCUGGCUUCCAUCGUAGAACAGGUUUCAGAGCUCCAAUCUUCAGGCAGACAGGUCGUACUGGUCACCAGUGGAGCUGUGGCAUUCGGGAAGCAGAGGCUACGCCAUGAAGUCAUGCUGUCAAAGAGCAUCAAACAAACUCUUGCCCCAAAUUCUUCUAGCAUUAUUCAGAUGGAUUCAAGAGCCUGUGCUGCUGCUGGACAGAGUGGUUUGAUGUCUCUGUACGAAGCUAUGUUCUCACAAUAUGGGCUCACUACUGCUCAGGUACUGGUGACCAAGCCGGACUUCUACCACGACUACACCCGCAGCAACCUCCGGGGCACCAUGCAGGAGCUGCUGCGGAUGAACAUCAUCCCCAUCAUCAACUCCAACGAUGCGGUGGUCCCGCCCCCAGAGGAGGACAAGGACUUGGCCGGGGUAAGAACAGGGGUCAUAAGUAUCAAAGACAAUGACAGCCUUGCAGCCCGUCUUGCUAUUGAGAUCAAUGCUGAUCUACUUGUCCUGCUUUCCGACGUCGACGGCAUCUUCUCCGCUCCUCCUGGUCAAGAGGGGGCGUCCUUCUUAGAUACGGUCUACCCUGGAGACACAGCUUUCAUUGAGUUUAAAGGGACUUCUCGUGUUGGGCUUGGCGGUAUGGAAUCAAAGGUCAAAGCAGCCAACUGGGCGCUGGAGCGCGGCUGCUCCGUCGUGAUCGGCAACGGCAUGAACAGGGACGACAUCGUCCUCAACAUCCUCAACGGGCGGAAGGUGGGCACCUUCUUCACGGAGACCAAACCCACGGGCGUGUCCCCGGAGAUGCAGGCUAUAAAAGCCAGAGACGGUGGCAGGCUACUCCAGGCACUCACUUCCGAACAGAUGCAGGCUAUCAAAGCCAGAGACGGUGACAGGCAACUCCAGGCACUCACUUCCGAACAGAGAGCUGAGGUAAUAAUACGUCUAGCUGACCUCUUGAUUGAAAGGUCAUCAACCAUCAUGGCGGCUAACAGGAGGGACAUUGAUGAGGCUAGGCUAAGUAAUAUGACUGGACCUAACCUGUCCAGACUAGCGCUGACCGAUGCCAAGCUGAAGAGCCUGUCCGACGGUCUGAGGCAGAUUGCGGCCACCUCUCACAAGAAUGUUGGCCGAGAGAUCAAGAGGACGUUGCUGUCCGAUGGCAUGUUGCUGCGACAGGUCACCGUGCCGAUCGGAGUGCUCAUGGUUAUCUUCGAGUCCAGGCCAGACUGUCUGCCGCAGGUAGCAGCACUGGCCAUCAGCAGUGCCAAUGGUCUACUCCUGAAGGGAGGCAAGGAAGCAAGUUAUAGUAAUGAGGUGCUACACUCUCUAGUAGAAGAAGCCCUGGAGAUGCAUGAUGCCAAAGAUGCUGUAGCACUGAUCAGUACCAGAGAGCAGGUCGGUGACUUGCUGAAGAUGUCCGACGACAUUGACCUGGUCAUUCCACGAGGUUCCAAGGAGAUGGUUCAGCUCAUUCAGCAGCAGAGUGAGGGUAUCCCAGUCCUCGGACACAGCGAGGGCAUCUGUCAUGUCUACAUCGACGAGGAGGCGGAUCUCGACAUGGCCCUGAAGAUUAUCCGUGAUUCUAAGUGCGAUUAUCCAGCCGCCUGCAACGCUAUGGAGACGCUACUCAUCCACAAAAAGUUCAGACAUACUCAAGUCUUUGAAGAUAUCCUUGAUAUGCUGAGAGCAGAAAAUGUCAAAUUCAACCCAGGCCCUCGCUUGGCCCGAUCCCUCAAGUUUGGACCACGGGAGGCAGACUCGAUGAGCAUCGAGUACGGUGGCCUGGAGUGCGCAGUAGAAAUAGUUGACGACGUCACAGGUGCAAUCAACCAUGUCCACAAACAUGGCAGCUCCCAUACAGAUGUGAUUGUUACAAAUAAUGAAGAGACAGCGGAUGAAUUCAUGAAGAACGUGGACAGUGCCUGUGUCUUCCACAAUGCCAGCACUCGUUUCUCUGAUGGAUACCGAUUUGGAUUGGGAGCUGAAGUCGGUAUCAGCACCACAAGGAUCCACGCCCGGGGACCGGUUGGGGUGGAGGGCCUCCUCACCACCAAGUGGAUCCUUGAGGGAUCCGGAGACACUGUGCAGGAGUACGCAGCAGGAGGGAGCAAGAUGUUUGUACACCAGGAGCUCGAGGUGGAGAAUGGGGAGGAGGUCCUGGAGUCUUCAUCAGCAUAGAGGUAUCAGGGAAGUCCCUCUGUUCCAUGGAACUUUCCAUUUCAUAAGUUCAGAUAAUAUUGUAGAAGAAAUGUAGAAUACUGAUGAAACAAAUGACUAACCAAAGAAAGAUCUUGUAUACCACUUCACCCUGUUUGCACGAUGUGAAGACAUGCCCAUAUAUCUCAUUUAAUCUUUGACACCUGACGUCAUACGCAGCUUGCUGGCUAUCUGCGAACUGGCUUAUUAUCAUUCUUGAAGAUAUGGAAAGAUGUUGAAGAGAGAUUUGUGUAUUUUAUUGGUUCAUAAUUAUUAUCCCUGCCAGUACAAACAUCAGAAAAUGUACUAACCAUCUUUUCUAAUACCGGUAGUUAAUAAGUCUUUUUUUGACAAGUAAAUGGUAUGUUUUGUUUGAACAUGAACUUGUGUCACUGUUUACUAUGUGAUAAUGAAAGUGUUAAUGGUGUUGAUGAUGAUGGCGAUGAUAAAGAUAAUGAUGAUAAAAAAAGAUGAUGAAAAUGAUCUGAACUUUUUCAAGGGUCAUGCUUGUGAUUAUAGGAUUAUGAAUAUUCUGCAUGUCACUGUUAAAAUUAUGAGGAUUUUUUUUUAUAAUAGUGAUAAUGUAUGUGUUGAUCUUUUAUUCAUCUUCAUCAUUGUAUACAGCUCUUGUGUGUUAUAAUGCUCUUUAUGGAAUGGUCGAAAUAUUGAAAACGUCUUCUUAUGUGCUAUAAAAAUUAUUGCAUAAAUAAUUUUGAAAUUAGAGAGCCUUGGUUAUGUGAAUUUUGAUUUCUCAAUAAGCAUCUUCAGUCCUCACAUUAGGGUGCACAGCUGACAGAAGAAAUUGUUUAAUAGGAAAGUGCCUUGUGAUGAGUAAAUAAUUAAAAUGGUUAUUGUCAUUGUUAAUCCUGUUAAUUUUAUCCUGUAAAUUAAUUUUGGAAUAUGUUUACUUUCCUUCUCAUUCAGUUCAGCUUUGAACAUUUCAAGUACUUCUUGUUAGAUAUUUAUUUCUAAGGUCUUUUUCAAAGUUAUCAGUUGUUGAGCUUCCUUUCAGAAACCAUUUGGUCUUGUCCACUGUGUAACCAGAAGUAUUAGAUAUAUUUAAGAUUAGUUUUAUUUCUAGCAGCAUUUACAUGAGGCAUAUUUUAGAACUAUCGCCAGAAAUCAUCAUUCUUUCUUGGAGCCAAAAGCAUGCACGUUAUUUAUUCAAGGACACCCGUAAUUCAUUGCAAGAAUGUAUUCAUGUACUGAAAUGAAUUACCUUGCUCUAUGAAAAAGCAGCUCAAAAAAAAAUUUGUGGAUACUGAAUAUAUAGUGUUCCCCACCACUUGAAUAAAAUGUGAUUUAAAUUUAUCAUAUAUGAUUUAUAAGCAGGGUAUUUGGUAUUUACCAUUUCUUUGUUAAGUAUUAUCUACCAUCUACAUUCCUUGACACUUCAAUAUUAGGUAUUCACUUUCCAUAGAAAAGCCUUUUUUUGGCUUAUAUUAAUAAGCUAUGUAAACAUUUAUUUCAUUCUUAGUAGAUAUAGCUUUAUGUAUACCUUUAAAAUUUAAAGCAGUAAGUUCUAAGGAACUAUCCUUCCACCCUCUAUAUAAGUAUUAUCUGUUUAUGCUAGAAAGUUAGAAAAUAGACAUAAGCAUGUAGCUGUACUAGAAACCGGUUGUAGUAUAUGGAAAGAAUGAUGUAA